AUGCAUGUUGUAACCGAUAACGAAUAUUUGUUAUAUCAAGAGGUUAUAGAUGAUUCUACCGUUCUUAUAAAUCCUACUCUGGCGCAACAACAAAUAACCAACAACCCUUCGAUUGUGGAAGAUGGAAAUGAUUCAAAUGAAUCCGAACUUUCUUCGUCUCAAUUUGUGAAUAAUAACGUCGUAAACCAACAACAACUUGAUAUUAACAGCUCUUCGAAUGUGCAAGGUGGAAAUCCAUCUCAAAAAUUAACAAAUGAUGAUGCAAAUCAACAAUCACCAAUUGAAUCACCUCAGCAUAAUUUAAGUCAAAUCAUGAAUACGAAUCCUUUCGGUGAUAAUAACUCGCAAAGAUCGGAAGGACAACAAACUUUCAGGCCUUCGGAUCCAAUCCAGGAUUUAAGUCAAAUUAUGAAUAUGAAUAUUUUUUCAAGUGAUAAUUCACAAAAUGACCAACAAGACUAUCAAAAUUCUUCCAAAGGCGUGCUUUCUGAAGAACAGUCGACUAGUUUCGCUUUUCCGAAAAGGUCAAAUAGCAAUAGUUCAAUUAUAGAAGAAAGUGGUGGAAACGAUGCUAACAAUGAACUUGAUUUCAAGGAAAAUAUCCGUAGAGUUCUUAAAGCUCAAAAAUCUGAUUUGGAAACUCAAAUUAAAUACGGUAAAGACUUGGCCGAACAUAUUCCAGGGUUAUAUCGAUUGUUAGACUUAUGUAAAGACGAUGGUUCUAAUGGUCUUGUGGACAAAAUAAUUAUUUCUAAGGGUUCUUUAAAGAUACUAUGCAACGAAAUGAUCCCGUUAAGCUUCAAGUCUAUUUCUGAUAUUAACUUUACGAAGUUGAAUACGAUUUCGCUUCGCCUUAUUGGAUGUUAUGGAAAUCAUAUUUUAAUAGCAAAACUUUUAUUAAGUAAAAAAAUAAUAAAUAAAGAAAUAUAUGACUUGCUUGCUAAUUCACAAUCUUCCAUGGAUAAAUCUUUCUUACGUCCUGGUUUAUACUUGUUACUGGUUAACCCAGACCUGGGUUUAGUUGUUCAUUGGCCUGAAAUAGGAUGUUACGAAGAAAAUGCUUCUUCGCAACGUAAGAAGAAUAUGACCAACCUACAUAGAUAUUUGACGAAGCUUACUGACCAUCAACUUUGUCUCAUGAGCGAUAAAGACUUGGAAAGUUUUGAAUGGAAUAAGGACAAUUCUGAUGUUGAUUCAGAUGAUGAUGAUGACACAUGUUAUGAGUUUGAAGUCAAAAAAAGUCAAGAGGAACAAGAAGACUUCAAAAUCUACCCGGGCUUCGAGGUGAAUUUAUCUGAUAAAAUCAAAACCGAGAUAAAUAAUAAUAUUCAAGAUGAUAUACCUUUAUAUCCAAUUGUUGUGGAAUCGGCCACAAACCAAUCGUUUGUUACUCGACAAUUGAUAAAGACAGCUUCUCAAUUACGCUCGGCUGCGCCAAUCUUUACUGCGUUUGAUUUUCAACGAGAACUACAAACAAGAUUAAAAGGGCGGAAUUUACAUAUUAAUCGUGAAACAAUGAACAUGAAAUCAUUAGAGAUUUUAAUUAAACAUGGAUUAAAAAUGGAAGAUGAGCUUUUAGGUCCAUUGCGUAAUGCAAUAGCUGCUGCGAAGAUGAAAUAUGAUAAAAAGAAGGACCAAGAAAAAGACGAAACAAGUAAAGAUAUUGAGAUCAUUUCAAAUUUGGCAUGGAAAAAAUUACGCGAUAGUUAUAGUCCUUUUGAAGAUUUUAUUGGUCAAGAAUCUUCCGAACAUGAGCAUAUAAGUGAUGAAGAUUUAGAAAGAAUUCGUAGAAAAUAUCCUGACAUGGAAGCUCAAAUUGAUAAAAAAAUUUUAAUUAAUUCCAAAGCUUGGGGUAAACUAAAGAAACGAUAUGCACUAACUUCGAUAAUUGUUGUUGAUAUAUUUAAAAUGACUAAAAAUGCUGGGAAAAGCAAUGAAGAAGCUACAAUAGAGAUUUUUUAUAAUAUGUUCGUAGAUGAAGAAACUGAUACACAUAAAUUAGUAAAAAAACAUACUGAGAAACCACAAUCAUCUGGAGUUUUUUCAGGGAUCUCUAAUUUGUUUACGGCUUUUUUGGAUAUUAUAACUUUUUCUAGUUCAAGCAUUAAUCGUGCAGAUGAGGAGUCGAUUAAAAUAUCCAAAACCAUGUCGGAUAAAAAAUUUGUACAAGAUCUUGCCAAUUCACCGUUUUUUGGAAAAUUUAAUGAUAUCAAACAAAAAAUUCUGGGUAUUUUCUUUGAAGAAUACCAAAAUUGGAGAAAGAAUACUUUUCCUAGUAACAUUAAGGAAAUUUUGCCAAGAGUUUCUUUCAAUAAACAAUUAUCAGAAAGAUUAACCAAAGAAUUUGAACAAGAGAAACAAGAAAUUGAGGAUUUCGAAUUUGACAGAAUUUGUAAUGUCAUAGAAGAAAAAUAUCAAGAUGGUUUGUUUUCAAACGGAUAUCGCUUCUAUCAUGAAAUUGAAACAACUCAACCAAAUCAACUACAGAUAACAAUUUAUGAAACAUCGUUAGAACAGGCAGAUAUCCUUCAACUUCAAGAAGAUGAAUUACAUGUUCCAAACCCAACUUUACCUUCUCAUUAUAGUCGUGGACAAUCAUUUCAUCUUGAUCCUCAAGUCUAUGACUUUAGGAAAAUAUCACAAUUUGAUAAUCAUAAAUUCCUUCUUGUUUUAUGGAACAAAAGAGCAUCAAAAACUGAAAUAUUCUUUGAUACUGCUCAGAAACUAGCACAAAAUUUCAAACAAUCUUAUUCAAAUAGGCCAUUUAAGACAUUAAAUAUGGAUGAAAAUUAUUUUAUUGCAGUAAAUGAAUCCAAAGAGUUAAUUGCUAUAUUUGAUACAAGGAAAGUGGUGUUAAACGUUUUUUCUUUCAAUGAUGGUCAAGCAAAUUUAUACUCGCGAAAUUCAAACAUCCAGUUAUUACAAUGGUAUAGUGGUGCGGUUCCGGAUAUUCAAUAUUUCUUGUUUAUUCAGGACACCGAAGAUCUGUGUUUCGUUGAAAAAGGUGGUCGUGCACGUAUAUUCAACCUUGUAAAUCAGCAAUUUCGGCCGGCAGUUUGUAACCUUCCACCAAAUACAGCAAAUGUUUUAAGUUCUCCAGAUGGUUCUUGUAUUGUAGCGUUUGUGAAAGAAAAAAUAAAAGUCAAAAACUCUACUAAUGACGAAAAUGAAACCGAUGAGGAAGACAAUUUAACCGAUGAUGAACAGGAUUCUACUAAUAGAGGAAGCGAUCUUAAGGAGAUAUGCCGUGCAUAUGUUUAUUUUUGUACAAAUUUUGGAAGUUCAGUUAGUAAAGUUAUCGAUUUACCGCCAACUAUUCAAUCCUUAGAAUACUUACAUUUCACUUGUAUAAAUAAACUACAAAUCCACUUGAUGUCAUUGGAUUUGGAAAAUGGAUGUUUUAAUUCGAUAAUAGUAAAAAUUACUGUAGAGAGAACUCAAUAUCGUUUCCAAGAACGCGUACAAAAACAAUCGCUUGGACUCGUUAAAGUCUCUCACAAAAACUUUAAGUAUACUAUUAUUGAAGGAAAGAAUACUCGCUUUGAGAAAAUUGUUCAAAAUGGAGAACAUAUUGUAAUUUUGGGAGAAAAAUAUAGUGUUCUUGAAGUUCUUUCUGAUACAGAGUUAAAAAUUGAUGGAAAUUUUAAACAAAAAAAUGGAUUUGACAAAUGGAUGGAAUUCCGUAUUGAUCCUAAUACAAAUCUUAAUGGUCUUAUCGAUGCUUACGGAUUAAUGUUUGAGAGAUAUUCAGUGGAGAGUUGUAUUGAUUCCGAACAGAACCGUCCUCUUAGUUUAAAAAUAGUACUAGAUGUCGAUAAUGAUAUUGAAAAAUAUGGCGAGAAGUUUGAAGACUAUAUUAUUGAAAUGUUCAAGAAUUUAAAGCGUUCUACAAAAAAACCAACAUCAAUAUUAGAGGAAUUUACUACAUCCGUUAUCACAUUUCAAAAGCUUGAUGUCGAAAAUGCAAAAUUUCAGAAGAAAUUUUCAGCAAAAUGUCAAUUAGGAGAGUGGAUCAUUCAACUAUGUUGUUUAAUUCCUAUCCAAAUUGCUGUAGCAAGAAAUAACUUGUUUCAGCCACUUAGAGAUGGAUUAUCCUCGAAUGAUGAUCAUGUUGGACUUGACGAUGAUGGUGAUGAUGGUUAUGGUCUCCAUGUAGAUGGUAUAGCCAAGAAUAUUUCUUUUGGAUGGUAUGAAGGAAUUUUCAAGCACUUUGGCGAUAAAAAAGUUAAAGUUGUUUCUAGUAUGGGUGAGCAAUCAUGCGGAAAAUCGUUCAUGCUAAAUCAUCUUGUCGGAACUACUUUUGACGGUUCUGCAAUGCGUUGCACCGAAGGUGUAUGGAUGUCGUUAGUAAAUACAAAGAAAUAUAUUUAUGUUGCACUCGACUUUGAGGGUUUAAAAUCCCUCGAGAGAACUCCGCAAGAAGAUUUAUUUUUAACACUCUUCAAUACAGUUGUGUCAAAUCUUAUUCUUUUUAAGAAUCAAUUUGCAGUAAAUAGAGACAUGUCGACAAUGUUUCAAAGAUUUCAAGAUGGCGCGACGCUGUUUGAGUCAGAUUCAAAAAUAUUUCAGGCAAAACUUUGUAUCAUUAUAAAAGAUGUUCCUAGUGCUGACAAAGAAGACAUUGUUAGAGAAUUCAGGUUAAAAUUUAGUCAAUUGGUUUCGGAGGAGGGUGAAGACAACUUUAUUUCAAGAAUGUACAAAGGGGGACUAGACAUUAUUCCUUGGCCAAUGUUUAAUGAUGCAUCAUGGUUUAAAACCUUAUCAAAAGUUAAUAAGAAGUUGGAUAAGCAAGAAGCAAAAUAUGAAAAUGCUAGGACUUUUUUGCAAAAUACGAAAGUAAUUAUGGCUAAAUUGAAGAUAUGCGAUUGGGGUUCAUUGGACGAAAAUCUUAUACAGAUUCGUGUUGCAACCCUAAAAAGAUUACUUCCAACCGUUGUUGCUUAUGGUUUGGAGCAGAAAGAUUCUGUUAACGAACAACUUAUGGAUCGCGAUUCUGGAGAACCAAUUGAUGAUCAAAUUGUCAUCCUAUCUGAUAUUUUAAGUGACUACGAAGGAUCUACUAAAAUAUUACCAGAUUCUGAUAUCCAGUUAUAUGACGAACACGAGUCUUUCGAACGACUUUCUGAAGAUUUAAGAUGUUAUUUUGAAGAUUAUGUGCAACCACGAAAAGAAUCAUCUAAUGAUAGAGAGUGGUUUGCUAAUUUUGAAAAAUUCUUUAGAUAUAUUAUUGAACGUCGCGUUUUGCGUGUUCAAAAUUGGUAUGUGAAAAAUACUGCUAAAUUUCCACAAGAUAAUAAUGAUGUUGUUAAUGGAAAGUAUGCAAUGGAGCAAGAAUUAAGCAAGCUCACACUCCUAUGGACUUUGUGUGGAUUAACAUGCCAUCAAUGUGGUUUGAAAUGUGUCAAAAAUCGGGAUCACAAAGAAAAUCAUGACUGUUUAACCGAUCAUAAGUGUCAUUUUUUUUGUCACUUUACUGAAGCCCAUAACGACAAUUUAAUCCCGAAAUGCAGUCACAAAGCUGGACAUGAAGGAAAACAUGCUUGUGACAAAAUAAGCCAUUUAUGUGGUAAACCAUGUAGUCUUGAUGACAAGCGCAAUUGUCAGAAAGUUUGUUCAAAGGAAAUCGGACAUGAUGACAGUGAACAUUUAUGUCAAUCAACAAUUCAUUAUUGUGGAAAAGAUUGUUCGUUAUCAACACAUACACAAGAUGAAGAUUACCAAUGUCCGAAUAAAUGUAUUAAACCAUACGAAGAAGAGCAUGAUUCGCAUCGUUGUGAAAACCCAAUUUGUCCAAUUCAAUGUCCAAUUCCAAAUUGCAAGGAAAGGUGUCAAAGUGAUGAUCAUUUUCAUGCCUUUUCCGACUUACAGGUUAAUCAUUUUUGUGGUAAUGAGCAUCAAUGUCGUGAAGAUUGUCAAGAUGAUGGUAUAUGUCAAGUAGUGACUGAACCUAAAAAGCAGGAAGAAACUUAUAAGGGUUUAGUCAAGGAAACUUCUAUUACAUUUACAAAGUAUAUUCAAUUAAGUGAAAGAUUAAAAUGUAAUAAAAAGAUUCCUCCUAAUGAAUUUACACAUACUGGAACACAUACGCAUAAGGAAAAUGGAUUUCAUUAUUGUAAUGCACAGUGUAAAUUCUGUGAAUAUUAUUGUACAUUACCAUAUGGCCACGCACAACAAACUCAUGAAACGAGACAUGGAAAUAUGACUCAAACUGAAUUCACAGGAGAAGAUAGUGAAUUUGAAUAUGCAGGCCAUAAAUUGAGAGUUGGUGAUCAAGGAACAUUUGUUCUCUGCAAUUUGCAUUGUAAAGAUUUAGGUAGACAUCGUCAUAUUGAUUACUGCAAAAACGAGGAAAAUUGCAAAUCAGGAAACCAAGGGCAAGGGCAAGAUAUACAACAUAUUAAUGAAAAAGUACAACCUAAUCCCGAGAAACCGAAAGAUUUUAUAUCUCACAAACUUUUCUGGGAGCGAACAGGUUUCAAAGAUCCUUAUACUGUUCAAGAACAACAAGAAUUUACAAAAUGUGAUCAUGAAUGCCCCGAUGAAAAGCAUCAUAAAUCUCAAGGAUCAAGUGCUCCUCCUCCAACUAAAUCAUUUUGCGAAUUACAACUUUUUCAUGCUCCGCUCAGUCCAAGUUCAAAUCCUCCAAACGGUUAUGGGUAUAUAUCUUUAGAUGGACAUCAUUUUAAUUGUGAAAAUCCAAGUACACGUGAAGCCGCUUUUCAUAUUAUUUUUGCAUUGGAUCGUUCGGGGUCUAUGAGUUACAAUGACAAGAGGCCAAUUCCAAACUUUCCAAUUUACAACAAUUUAAUACGAAAUCAUAAUAAUAGGACUGGUGCAGUUUAUCAAGCGGUAUAUCAAUUUAUGGAAGCACGUAUAAAUUCUGCAAGGGCAAAUCAAAAUCAAUUGUCAUCAGCUAUGCGUGAUAGUGUUUCGUUAAUCUUAUUUGACCAUGAGGUUACUGUUCCAUUUGAAAAUCGAGAUUUAACAGAUCCAAAAGAUUUGUUAAAUUCAAUGCUCCAACACCAAGCUCGCGGCGGAACAAGUUUUGAUCUUGCGAUUCAGAAAGCUGGAUUUUUGAUUACAAAAUAUUUUGAUAAUUCAAAAGCAAAUAUCGUUAUCUUCUUAUCCGAUGGACUAUGCGGUGUUCCAGCAAAUCAACUUCAUACUAUUUGUAAUCAAAAUAAAACGAGGGGAUCUCCGUUAUAUCUUUAUACGGUACUAUUUAGCAGUGAAUCACAAAGUAAUUCUUUAGAAGAAAUGGCGAAGAUUGCACAAUCUUAUCAUCCUGCAAAUACUUCAUCUGGAGCUCUACGAUGUCAGUUUACUCGUACUGUUAAUGAAGUUAAUUUAGUUAAUCAUUUCACUGGGGUGGCAGAAAGUUUAAGAAAACAUAAACCGGCUUUGUUAAAGAAGAGUUAGAGAAGAAUCUUAUUUCUUAAACAUAUUCAAGCAAAUUUUUCUAGAAUUAUUCAGAUAUUUUCUUGAUAGAAUACAUAUUUCAUGUUUUUGUAUCCCUUUAAUCCUUUUAAAGAAUAAUGUUAUAAUACUCACUGUUAGAACGUAGAAUAUUUUUCGAUGACAUUUUUUCUUUGAAAUUUUUCGUACGAAAUUACGUGCUCACGAAUUAUUAUUAUUUUUGAAGA